GUACAAAAGGCUACUUUUAUAAAAUCUAAAUUUCUAUGUUAUUAAGUCUACAUUUGGCAUAAAUACACAUGGUUUCAAAGAGAAAUAUAGUUAAGGUUGCCAUACAGUCUAUAUUUUGAGUCCGAGAGGCUGUGAUGAGAAAAAUAUCACUUGGAUAGUUUUACAAAGUUGACAAGCGCCGGACUGCAGGGUUGAGGCCGUUCUGAUGUUUUUCCGUGCCUGGAAGAAGACUCGAGAUGCCAGGAAGACUGUGGAGCAAGGCUAUCUUUGCCGGGUACAAGCGUGGCCUGAGGAACCAGCGGGAGCACACCGCCCUGCUCAAGGUGGAGGGAGUUUACACAAGGGAGGAAGUUGACUUCUACCUGGGCAAGCGCUGUGCUUAUGUCUACAAGGCUAAGAAGAACACAGUGACGCCUGGUGGCAAGCCCAACAAGACGCGGGUAAUCUGGGGCAAAGUCAUGCGCGCUCAUGGCAACAGUGGAAUGGUGCGGGCCAAGUUCAGCAGUAACCUCCCCGCAAAGGCCAUGGGACACAGAGUCAGAGUGAUGCUGUACCCGUCUCGUGUGUAAUUUACAUGUUUGUGUACAUACAUUAAACGACUCAGUUCCACAA